CAUUAACAAAUGACUUGAUGUGCGAGACUUCUUCCACAUGUGUUCAGCCAUUUACAUCAGAAAAUAUUAGUUAGAUAACGUCGGAAAAUGGAUCCAAAGAAACUCGGAGAUAUGGUCGGACGAAUGAAGGGCGGAGGGAAGGGUUUAGGGACAGGAAUUGGAUUGUUGGCAGCUGCGGGGGGUUUGGUCUAUGGCAUCAGUCAAUCGUUUUACACGGUUGAUGGUGGUCACAGAGCUAUUAUAUUCAGUAGAAUUGGUGGAGUAAAAGAUGAUAUAUAUGUUGAAGGUCUACAUUUUAGGAUACCCUGGUUUGAAUAUCCUAUAAUUUACGAUAUCCGUGCUAAACCACGUAGAAUAACAUCACCCACUGGUAGUAAAGAUUUACAGAUGGUCAAUAUAUCUCUUCGUGUUUUAUCUCGACCAGAAGCCAAAAAUUUACCAACUAUUUACAGAAAUUUAGGUACAGAUUAUGAUGAGAGAGUUUUGCCUUCCAUUUGUAAUGAGGUAUUAAAAAGUGUUGUAGCUAAGUUUAACGCAUCUCAGUUGAUUACGCAGAGACAGCAGGUCAGUUUAAUGAUCCGUAGAGACUUGUUACAGAGGGCCAGGGAUUUCAAUUUAAUAUUGGAUGAUGUUUCUAUAACUGAACUCAGUUUUGGUCGGGAAUAUACAGCAGCUGUAGAAUCAAAACAGGUAGCCCAACAAGAAGCUCAGAAAGCUCAGUUUUAUGUAGAAAAAGCUAGAAUGGACAGACAACAGAAGAUAGUACAAGCUGAAGGAGAGGCUGAAGCUGUCCGACUUAUUGGUCAAGCUUUAAGUAUGAAUCCAGGUUACCUGAAAUUAAGAAAGAUUCGAGCUGCACAAAAUGUUUCUAGAACAGUUGCCCAGUCACAGAAUCGUGUUUACUUGAAUGCCCUUAAUCUAAUGUUAAAUGUUACAAGUGACGACUUUGAUGCCGCCGCUGAUAACCUAUCAAAGAAACGUCGUUGAUUGAAUUAGAACAAUUUGUGUGUAUAUCAUUAAUCGUGUGAUUGUUUAUACAUAUGACUGAUUAUGUAUGUGGAUUGUCAUUUAUAUAUAGAAAGAGGAACAGCGUUUAUAUGUGAAUAGUUUAUACUAGUGCUCAUGAAUACAUCAUACAUAUAGAAAUAGGCUUAUUUUUAGUUUUAACUUUCUUAUUUUUCGGGAUUCUUUAUGAUUUGUUGGGGCCUUAACAUGUCUGGCACAUUUAAUGUUGUACAGGGGAUUUGAACUUUCGUCAAUAAAAAUACUGUGCCUGGCGAAGCACGAAUUUGAGUCGUACAUUGUGAGAUAUAGUAGGCUGAAUUUCCAGGCUUGAAAUUGACUCUCGGCCCUGUGAGUAUUUAUCAGUUGGAGUAAUUUAAAUAAAGGACUUAAUGAUCAAGAACAGGAUUUCUAUUACAUUUACAUGGUACACCAAUUUAAAGCAUCCAGCAAACCAGAAAGGGAUACAAGAAUAAUCCUGAUGAAGGAAGUCAGAUGAAAAUAUCAAUAUUUAUAAAAUAACCUGAUUUGUCAUAAUGAAUGUUAUCAUAUAGAUCUAUUAAAACAUGAUACAGUGAA